CUGGACUAGUAUAUUGACAACACAUUACGUAUCUCAUAUACACGUGCCCAAUAAAGCGUAAUAACAAUUGUAAAUUUAAUGAUAAACGUUAUUAAAUGAACAUUUUAUAAAUUAUAUAUAUUUUAAAUUAAGUUAGUGAAUCCAUGACUUCCAUUUGUGGAAAGAGAGGAACUACCCAUACAGUGUUAUAUGCAAUUGCAUAAUAAAAAUGUUACGCCAACGUUCCACUCGUAUGAUAUUCAAACAAAUUUUUGAACAUGGAACUGAUUAUAGAUCGUUGAAGACUAAAGUGACAAAUUCGUUCUACGAUAAUUAUGAAGCUAUUGUGUAUUUUAUACAGUAUUUACGUAACCGACACCUCACCGUCGACAAAAGAUCAGAAAGUUACGGUAAAUUUUCUUAUGGCCCACCACAAGGGAUGUAUUUCAAGGUAGAAGCACCUACCGUAUACGAUUUUCUUUCACUGCGUUUGCAGUAUUGGUGGAAACGUCAGAAAGAGAACUAUCAGGAAUAUGUUGAAACAGAGCAAUAUAAAAAGUUUGUUACAUUAGGUCCAGAUUUGGCAGCAGCUAAAUUUGUUUUAGAAUGUGGUGGUAAAAUUAGAUUUAAGGAUAAUGAUGAGUGGCUGGAUAAAACUAAGAGAGAUAAGAUUUUAAAAUUGCCAGAAAAGUAUGAUGAAAGCUAUGUGUUAGAGGAAUUAGAUCUAAGUGAAUAUCCUCUACGAUAUGAACAUCUCUAUUUCAUUUUUAAUCUUUAUUACUUGAAAACAUUGAGCUUCAAAGGUUGUGAGACAAUUAAUGACUGGUUUUUGGAUAAAAUAUCCGCAGAAUAUCCAAAUUUAGAACAGCUUGAUGUAUCAGAGUGUAAAAACGUAACGGAAAGGGGACUGGAAGCACUAUACAGGAUGCCUAAUUUAAAAAAAUUAAUUAUAACAAACUAUCGUGGGACUGCAGCAUUUGAUUUAACUUGUUUCAUGUUGGAAGAAGUCAAUCCAUUUCUAACAUGUCAAGUUCAGCAACCAAAAUACAAAACAAUUACUGACAAAUAACAUGUACAAGAUGUCCAAUUUAUGAUCAUAAUAUAACUUAUUUUGUGAAAUACAAAUUAUUAUAUAUAAUACAAAAAUAAAGUAUUUACAUAUUAUAUCAUAUAA